AUGCAGCGUGCACGGCGUCCAACAGGAAUUGCUGGACUCCUGGUAGUGGCGAUCGUCGCAAGUCGAGGAAUCGGACGCAAUUUCUCCACGCUUUGUUGUCCACAGUGUAGCAGUUCUAGACAUGCCCAUGCAGAGAUGCACGGGACACCGAGCAGGGCUCGCCACUUUCUCCUCCCGCGCCCUUCGGCUGUGUCAGAGGUCACCGCCUCGUGGUCGGAAACGGAGCGCAAGGCUCUGGAGCUCCUGGAGGAGAAGCAGCCGGCCUGGCGACGGAGCUACCUCGGACCCAAGACUGAGGAGGACGUGCAGGAGACCUUUCGCGCCAUCGCGGCCGCUGCUGGCGGUGAGGAGCAAGGCCUUAAAGCCGUGGAGCGAAAUCUCGCACUGAUGGUCUUUUUGCCCAAGCAGAUUGCCGCCUCUGCCGAGGCCUUGUCUGCUGAAUUGGGCCCGGACGUUGCCAAGGAUGUUAUUCGAAAGAACCCUGGGGUUUUGACUGUGCCCCCGGCAAGCAUCAAAGAGAAUGUUGGGGCAAUUGUUCCAUUGGCCAAUGUGGUUGGCUUCUUUGGGGACAAUCCUCUUAUUGCCCAGGGACUCUUCGCCGUCCUUGGAGCUGCUGUUAUCUACGCCGUCGUUGUGGUAGGCGUGAUCAAUCCCCUGAUCAAGGCUUAUCCCGGCAAUCAACCAUGA